AUGGCUGCCUUCUAUGUGGAAUGUCUGGUGGGAUUCACAGUAAAUAUGAUUAUUUUGGCGGCUUAUAUCAUGAAGUGGAAAAGCCUGAGAUCUCUCAAGGACCGUGAUAAGAUAAUCAGCUCUUUGACCAUUUUCAGAGCCUUGUAUUUUUCUUGCAGCAUUGUUGAGAACUCUGUCCUUCGAUUUUCGCCGUGGCUACUGAAAACCAAUAUUGUGAUAUCAUUCUUAUUUAUUCAGGGGACGUUUGUAUUCUACAGCAGUCACUGGUUGGCCACCGUCCUCUGUGUUUUCUACUGUGUGAAGAUUGUGACCUACAACUAUAAACUCUUCAUCUUCCUGAAGACCCGGAUCUCCAUCAUGGUCCCGUGGUUUAUUCUGGCUUCUCUGCUGAUAGCACUGAUCUCCAGCCUUCCAGUUGGUUGGUACUGUUAUGACUUAAAGCUACAAAAUGUAUCAAAUUGUUCCAAUGGAAAUAUUACUAGGUUUAUUAUUGUUCCAGACUUUGAUAAUAUGUUCCUGAUCUUUGCUGUUGGCUCCUUUCCGCCAUUUGUAAUAUGUUUUGUUACCAUCGCGUUGUUAAUUCAUUUCCUUCUCAUUCACACCAGACGGAUGAGGAGCAAUGAGUCACAUAUCCAGACCCCAAACCUUAAAUCUCACUUUGGUGCUUUGAAAAGUAUGAGCUUAUUUUUGCUGUUACAGAUAGUGUAUUUUAUAUGUUUGCAUCUUAUCACUUCUGGUAGAGUUUUUCAUUCGAAAUUCCCAUUUCUGGAUAGUUGGGUAAUACUCUGUAGCCUCCAGUUGCUCCAUUCCCUCCACAUGAUCUCUUCCAGCAAGGAGGUGAAGAAGAUGUUUACUUGA